AACACACCCGAGCAGUACUUGAUUUCGGGUUUUCAUUUUCAACAAAUCAUAUAGAUAAUCAGAGGUGAAUUUCGGGUAUUAGGGUUUACAUCAGCGAACGCCGCCGAACGCCACAACCACCAACGAAGCAAUGGUUCUCAAGACUGAACUCUGCCGAUUCAGUGGUGCAAAGAUCUACCCAGGAAGAGGCAUCAGAUUUAUUCGUAGUGAUUCACAGGUUUUUCUAUUUGUGAACUCGAAAUGUAAGAGGUAUUUCCACAACCGUUUGAAGCCUUCAAAGCUCACAUGGACUGCCAUGUACAGAAAGCAACACAAGAAGGACAUUGCCCAAGAAGCUGUGAAGAAGAGACGCCGUGCUACCAAGAAGCCAUACUCUAGGUCCAUUGUUGGUGCUACACUGGAAGUCAUUCAGAAGAAAAGAGCUGAGAAGCCUGAAGUUCGAGAUGCGGCCAGGGAAGCUGCUCUGCGUGAAAUUAAAGAGAGGAUUAAGAAAACAAAGGAUGAGAAGAAAGCCAAGAAAGCAGAAGUUGCAUCUAAAGCACAAAAAUCAGGCAAAGGCAAUGUUCAGAAAGGUGGUUUGCCCAAGGGUCCCAAAUUGGGCGGCGGUGGCGGUAAACGCUGAUUAGUUCUAGUUUUGGGUGCAAAUUAAAUACAUUUACUUCUGUACCAAUAUUUUAUUUGCUUGUUUAGCCUUUGAUACCUAAUUAUCACACAUGUUUUUGGAACUUCAGACAGUAUCCGGUUACUUAAUUUAUAUGCAUUUUCCUAAUGGUUCUA